GUUAGUCUAUGGUGUGGAGACAGGUAUGGUGGUGGUGGUGGAGCGGUGUGUGAGGGCGAAUAAAGUAGAUGCUGGCCGCCUGUUAUAACACACACACACACACACACACACGCUAACGCAAUCUUAUACGCACGCCACACUCUCUCCUCACACCGUCCUAAGUGCGUGGUAGCGUUACCGAACCGCAUAGGCAGUCAACCAUACGCUUCUAUUAAAGUUCGAGCAUCCCAGCAUUUAAAGUGGCUAGCUCCCUUACCCUGCACGAUAAACCAGAGGUAAAAGUCGCCGUUCACCCUCUCCUCCCCUUUUCAAACCUCCCGCGCUCUCCUCCCCGGGCAUGCGCAGUGGGCCCGUUAGCCAACUUUCUUUAUUUUUUAGUUACCGCCUUUAAUAACUGCGACACUGCUCUCAGGCACACAGGUCAAAGGGUGAAGAGUCCUGAGAUGUGAAUGUGAUUUAUGUGCAGCAUGAAGCCAGUGAAAUAGAGGGUUGAGGUGAGAGAGAGCGCCAAAUAAUAGUCCCGUCAAAUGUUAACUCCCGCCAAAUAUUACUCCCGUUAAAUUUAGUCCUCCCUUCGAGAUGUCCCGGAUGUUGGUGGAGUCAGUAUCUGGUCUCUCGUGGUCGGGGCAGGGUGUGUUGUGUUGUUCUCUGGUCUAUUCCCAUGGAAGUUCCAUGGGUUGACGUAAGAUGGAGAGACAGAGAGCCAGCAUCAUGGAAAAGGGAAAAGACGGAGACGUUGAAGACAUCACAACGACGACAAAUGGGAGACUGUGGCAACCUUGGCUCAGUGCGGAGGAGGAGGAGGACCAUGAUUCACUGUUUCCUGCAUGCCGUCUCCCGGUGUACAUGAUCUCAGUCACAUCAGCAACUCUUCACACAAUAGAUAAGCGAAACCCAACUUUUUACGCAUUAGAUAUCCAGUCAUGGUGGGAGCUGCCAAGUAUUGCACAUUUUUGCUCACUCUUCAGGGCCGCAUUCGAUCUUCUUGACUUUGACAUCGAGGAGCUCGAGGAGGCCCUGCUGACCGAUGGCCUGGAGGACACGGGCAGCCCACUCCUGGUGGAGCUGACGGUGCGCCUCGUGCAGGGUUGCCUGCCGGGGAAAGCCGUCAACGCCACCAACUACCAGAGCUACCUGAGGAAGCUCUUCAAACACAAAUGUCAGGAGGACUCAACCAGAGAAAACCUGUUUGUGGAGGGGGACAUGCGAUGGCUGCCUCUUCGGAGAAAAGUCGAAAUCCUUCAUGCCCUUUGUGACUUUAGACUAGAAGCUGAAGACGUUCUUGAUCUCUUAAAAAACUUAGAAUCCGAUAGUUUAAGAGUGGAGCCCCUUGGGUACGAUGACAGUGGCUCCACCUACUGGUAUUUUUAUGGCACCCGACUCUAUCGGGAAGAUCAUUCUCUGUACCACCCACACAGACGGAAACCAAAGGAUAAAGACAAAGAAGAUAAAAGGAAAAAGAAACGAAAGAAAAAAGGGCAUAAAAAUGAGGAGAGUGAAGAGGAAGCAGACUUACCCAAGGCUGUGUGGCAGGUUCAGUGCUUUUCUGAGGAGGACUGGAAUGCACUGGCUGAGAAGUUUGAGGAGUGCUCCUCCAAGCUUGAACGGAGCUUGUUGCAGACUCUUCGUGAAGACUUCCUGCCAGAAAUUCCAAGACUCUUCCAAGAAAAAGAAAAGAUUCAGAGGAAGCGCAUGAUGGAAUUUGCCCCAAGAAGGUCUUCAGGUCGUGUUCAGAAGUUGAGGGAAAAGAAAGAAGAGGAGGAGAAAAAGAUGGCAAUUGAAAUUGUGGAGCAGGAAAAGAGAAGACAGUUAGAAGAGGAGAAGAAAAAGAAAAAGAAAGAAGAGGAAUCAGUUGCUGCUGAAAAGGUUGAAAGAAAAAUUGAGCGAGAGGUUCUGAAGGAAGAAGUAAUACAGGAGAAAACCUCACCGCCAAAGUUGAUUAAGUCGCCGCGGGAAAGGAGGAAGAGUGAGGGGCAGGAUUUUAAGAUUCGGGACAAAGUUGAACACAAAGUUGAACCCUCAAUAGACCUCUUUGAGGUUAAUGAUGCAUCUGACCACAACGAGAACAUUUGGGAGGAGCCAGUGAAAAAGAUAAAAAGUGGGCGACCAAGGAAAAGCAGUACUGAUGAGGCUGAGGACAAAGUUAAACCUAUCAAGCCAAGAAAACCAGGGAGAGGCAGGAAGCCUACAAAGAAACCUAUCUCACCAAAGGAAAUCACCAAGGAGGAGUUGAGUGAUGAAGAGAUGGAAGAGACCUCCAAACCUCAGGUGUACAGCGGACGCAAAACUAACAACUCCUUGUCGUCAGUUGCAUUUUCCCUCAAUAAUGCAGCUGUGGUGCCUGAACCAGCUGUCACCAGUGUCAACUCUGUCACGUCACCACCAACCAAGAAGAAGGUCAAAAGUGCCCACAUGGUUUUGCAAACAGAAGAUGACCUCAGGACAGGGAUGUACAAAGUUCUUGAGCAUCUGCGGGACCACGAGGAUGCUUGGCCCUUCCAUGACCCUGUUGAGGAAGAGUACGCGCCCAACUACUAUGCAGUGAUCCGCAGACCCAUGCACAUCUCCAGGAUGGAGGAACGACUGGAUGGCGGCUACUACACAAACCUGGCCAUGUUUGAGGGAGACUUUAAGCUUAUGAUGGAUAAUUGUAAACUUUAUAAUGGACCAGAAAGUGAAUAUACACACAUGGCUUACACAUUGGAGAAAGUGUUUGCAAAACUCAAGGCAAAAUAUCUUGAGGCAGACCUUUCCUCAGACGAAGAAAUGUACAUAGACAUGAGUUACCAACAGUCAGCCAAGAGAAAGAACAAGAGAAGAAGUAACAGUGAUGAAAAGGAAAACACAAGAAUAGAUAAUGGUAAGAUGCUGACCAAGAAGAGAGGACGCAAGAAGAAGAAAGUGGGACGGAAGCCUAAGGAAAAGCACAAAGAGGAAAUGGGCCUUACCUCUGAAAAAGACAAGGAUUGGAAGAAGAACAAAUUUAACAAAGAAAAAGACAAGGAGAAGACAAAGAAUAAAGACAAACCAAAGAUAGAUGAGUAUGAGUUUCGAGAUGACAAUGAUGACAUGGGGAGAGAAGAGGAAGAAGAGGAAGAAGAUGAUGAUGAUGAUGAUGAUGAUGAUGAUGAUGAUGAGUUCCCAGAGCCUCCACUGCUAGUGAGAGAAGAUCCUUACCCUGAAGAAGAUGAUGAGGAGGAGAUGGAUGGAGUGGAGGAAGCACUUGAACCUUCCUCCUUUGCUAACGAGUCACAUGGGGAGGAGGAAGAAGAAGCACCUCCUCCAGUGGUGGAGAAGGAAGAGAAGAAAGUGCCAAAGACCAAAACUGGAAGAACUAGAAAAGAGAAAGAAGAAGGCAAUAAAAAGUCAUCCUCGAGUGACCCUGUAGAGGAAGAUGAGGACGAUGAUGACAUGGAGCCAGAUGUGUGUAUGUACUACAACAACAACGAUUACCACAGUGAUGAGGAUGAGGACGAUGCAGCUGAGGUGGCAGAUGGAGAGAUGGAGGACAGGGAGGAGGAAGAGGGAGAGGGAAAGGGAGAGGGAGAGGGAGAGGAAGAGGAAGAGAGGAAUACUACUGACUAUCUAAGUGAGAGGCACAGUGAACUCUUUGGGGAGAUUGAUGAUAUUGAUGAUGAAGAAGAGGGGGAGGUCGAGGCAGUGACAGCAGCAGUGGAUGGGGAUGUUAAGGGUGGUGAGAAAGGGAAGCACAACCACCUGGGGAAGGCAAGCAAGAAAAAGGGUGGCACUAGCGGCGGCAAAGACAAGGAGAAGAAGAAACACAAGCAUGGUGAAAAGCAUGACAAACACCACCACCACCACCACCAUCAUCACCACCAUCACCACCACCACAAGAGCAAAAAUAAGGAAGGGAAGCACCAUAAAAAGAAGAACAAGCAUACGGCCGAGAAGGACUCCAAGAAAAUCCUGAAGGUGGAGGAUGUGUAUGACUACUCUGAGGAGGAAGACCCAGGAGAGCAGGUUGUUGAGCCUGAAGUGCCUGAAGGUGCGCCGGUCAAGGUGAAGGAGGAGACGGGCAAGAAGAAGAAGAAGAUCAAGCACCGUGGGAAGCACGAGAAGCACGGCAAGCACCACGACAAACAGGAGCGCCACAAGGAGGGCAAAGUUAAGGAAGGCAAAAAGGAAGGGAAGAAGAAAAAUAGCAAGAAAAAGAAGAUCCCUGCAAAAAAUAUGGCAGCAAUUGAUGCUCUCUCUCAAGCAACUGAGCAGACUUUGAAGGACAUAACAACGAUGCUUGAUGAAUCCAACGUUCCGCGCAUCAGUGAGUACUCCUCCGCCAGCAACUCACCCUCCCGCAAAGUCACUGCAGAAGAAUUUGAGGCCAUUGCUUAUAAGAUUGAGGCAGAGUACAGAAGGAAACUGAUGAUGGAUGAGCCAAAGGAUAAAGACAAGAAAGCACACAAAAAGAAAAAGAGAAAGAAUGCAGAUGGAGCAGAGGGAGAAGAACCCAAGAAGAAGAAAAUAAAGAAAGAAAAGAAACCUGAAAGUGACAAGGACAGCCUAGAUAACACUAAAGAGUUAUUCAAAGACAUUAAGGAUGGAAGGAUAAAACCAGGGGCCAUAAUAAAGUCCAAAGACAUAGCAAAGAAAGAGGGUGUGGUUAAAAAGGAGACAAAGAGUUCCACGGAGGGAAAGCCUAAAGCGAAGACUAACCCUUUUGGGAAGAUCAAUAAGCAGGAGCACUCCAAGCUAACCACACUGAUAGCAAAAGCCAAAGAAUCACGUAUAGGCCUUGUACCCAACAGCGAAGUAGGAGAUAGUCCAAAGCUUAGUCUGGGCAGCAUCAUUCUCUCAGGAGACAUUGGCACAGGCAUGAAAUCUACCCAUGAAGCCAACAGCACGGAUGAUGAAGAAAAGUGGGAAUCUAAAGAAAAGUGGGACAGCCCCUUUGAGAACAGGUGGGAGAAAGUGCCGGAGAAAGAGGAAGCUCCAUCUGUGAGAGAAGAAGAUGAGAAAGAAGAAAUUCCUGAAGUGGAGGAUUUUAGUGAACGAAUAUGUGAAGAACCUCCACCAACACCUCGGGCACCAGAAAUAAAGCAGGAAAGGGCAACUCCCAAUCUGAGUGCAUGGUUUAAAGCUUUUGGCACACCCAAGCUGUCAUCUGCUGGGCCUAAAAAGAUGCCUGAUGACAUGAUGGGCAGUCCCAAGGAAAUGGAUGACUCAGAGAUCAUCAAUGUGGAAGAUGAGGGGGAUGUUGACGUUGGUGAGCCUUGUCCACUGGAUGAGCCACCACCGUCACUGCUUCCCCCCGGCAGCCCUGAGCCGCCUGUGUCUCCAGAGCCUCCCAUCUCCCCAGAGAAACCACCAGAAACUCCUUGGUAUGAGAAACUAGAUGAAAAACUGGAGGAUGAACCAAUUUGGAAGAAAAUGAAGAUGAGAGACCAAGGAUACACGGUUGUGGACAGCAGGAUGCCUGAUGAGGAGGACGACCCAUACAAGUUUGAGGAGGAAGAGUUAGACCGUGCGCGGGAGGAAGCCAAGAAGCUUGAAGUGGAGCGACAACGAAAGGCAUCCGUGUCAUCCUCGGGCGUGUCGGAUCGCUCGCCCCUCAACCAUAGCUUUGACUCUGAUCGUUCCCCUGCAGCAUUUUCGUCGGAAGGGGAGCGCUCCCCCAUGACCAGGUCUCCUCACACACCAGGAUUUGGUUCUAAACAGUUUUCACCGGUCCCAGAAAAGUCUCCGAGUGUUCCAGCUUAUUCUCCAAGAUAUGAAAAUGCAUUAUCUAAAACAUUCCCAUCCUAUGAUCCAGAUAAGUCGAAAUAUCAGGCUAAUGGGGCAAUAAAGGUAGGUUUCUAUCAAGACAUGACAGACAAACCCAACACUGACAAACCAGAGAAAAAGAGUGCAGAUCAAAAACCAGCAGAAUCACCAGUUUAUAGUCCCACUGUGCCAUACAUGAGUUCAUUUUACUCUAACAAAGCAGAAGCUAAUAAGAAGCAAAAGUCUCCUGCUGGUUAUGCUAGUUUUUACAGCUCAGAAUCCAAUCUUGAUAAAGCCAAGACUCCAAAUUACUACUCAGCGUCUGCUCCAGCCACUCCAACCGAUAAACCGUCCCCUGCUGCUGCAGUGGUAACUGAACCCACAGAAAAGCCUAAGCCGCAGUAUGGCUAUUAUUCAUAUGAUACCAAUAAGCCUCUUACUGAUCAGUAUAAAAGCACUGGAUCAGUACCACCACCACAGCCUGCAAAGAAACCACCAGGAUAUUACAAUGCUCAUGAUGGUCCCAAGAAGCAGCCAGCAUCACUGUCCCCUGCAGCCCAGUCUGGUCCACUCUCCACUGAUCUAGCAUCUCCAGGUCAGGUUGCUUUACCAAUAUCAAGUCCAGUUUUACCCAGCAAAACAGAAAUGCAGCCUCUGAAGAAGAGAGCAGCUAUUGACCGAGGUGGACAAGAUUAUUCUUCUAGCGCACCGGUGUCAGUGAGACCUGAAGUUCCUGUUGGUGGACUUACACCACCUUGGACAGAACCUAAAUCUGUAGAGGAGACCACAGCCCCUCCCAGUGUUUCAGUUCCCUUCUCACCUCAUGCCCCAGCUUUGCCUGCCAACCUAGCUAACUUGUCUCAAAUAGUUUCCCGCAUCACAGAACCAGAAUCUAGCAGAACUAUUGAAAAGGAGUCUGCCAAGACUCCAACUGAAUCUCAACGUGCCCCUCCCACCUAUCCAACUCCAGACCCUGCCAUUGGGAAGACUUUACCAUCUCCUUUGUAUGGUGUGUCUGGAGGACAGACUCCCACACAAAGUCAAGUUUUAGAAUUAGAUCGUAGUGGAAUAAGUUCUGUAAGUGAUAUCAAUGACUUGCACUCACCGGGCUUAUCAGUUCCCGGACGGGUGCCACCAGCAGACCUUUCCCGCCAACUAGAAGCUGAACAGCUCCAAGACAGAUCUGUUCAACCCAACUAUCAUCAGCAGAUCACAAGUCCUCACAUGCAAACACAGCCAGGCUUAGCAUCACCACAGCAGUUGUCCAAAGGUCCACAAACACCACAGUCACAGUUGCACACUGGCCCACAGCCUCCAGCAGCACAUCAGAAGCCAGCAGAGGUUACGCGCCCAGCCAGCCGGGACCUUCCCCCCGCUCAUGUCACUGAUAAAUCUCACAUGUACCUGCCACAGAAAAGCAUAUGGAGCACCACUUUAGCAACAAGUUUAGCUUCAAGUCUAGCCUCCAGCUUACCAUCCAAUAUUGUCACUAGUUUAUCAACAAGUUUAGGUACAAGUUUAGCUACCACCUCUGUGAUUGCUUCCCUACAAAAGAUGGGAUCAUUACCAGCUGACCGUCUGACACUCGAUCGUGCAGCUUUUGCCACUCUCGCUAGUCGCAGUGGACAGGCAAACAUUUUCUCGCAUGAAUUAUUACCCAGAGGGUCAGUUGGUGCUGGACAGACUCAGGUGGGGCCUGGCCCAAGUAGUGGAGGUUCAUCAGGAGGAAGCAGCUCAACUGGUACUGCAGCCACAAGCAGAUCUGCAUCUAGUUCUGGUAGUGCUGCAGGAGGGUCGGCUUCUGCAGCCAGUAAUAGCGUAGAGUUGGGAAUUGGACGUUCUUAUGCUAACAUGAUGACUGGUCAGUCUUCCCCUUUGUUUGGCCGUGCAGAAGGAGCCCUUACUCCUGGACCUCUGCCACGUCCACUUUCUGGCUCUUCUUCCCCAUUCCUGUCACAAUCACCAGGGUUGAGUGCUGCCUUGGGCCUGCCUGGGGCACCACGCACUCCUACUCCUGCUCACCAACAGUCUCAUCAAACUUUAUCUGGAUUAAGUCAAGGUACUUUUCCAUCAUUAUCUCGUGAUCCAAGAGAUCCUAUUUCUCAGUCUCAUCCAUCUCUUCAGAUUCCCAGUCUUAAUUCAAUAGCUUCCAGUCAAGCUCAGACACUUGGCCACCUCAACGCUGCCAGUCUUGCAUCCUACUCCAGUCGAGAUUCAUUGGCACUGAUGAACCAAGGGAGUCGCGGUCCACUAGCAAGUGGUCUUGUAGAUCCCACAUCCCAGUUUUACCAGCAGAUCUUUCAACAGCGCCAGGCCCAAGAGGAACUUUUGCUGAGAACUGCUGGAGCCCACCCUCAGCUGGCUGCCCACCAGUCCAUGAUGUUCCAGCAGGGGCUCAUGAGUGCAGCCGGUUUGUCCUCAGGCUACCCUCCCUCCCUUGGCCUCAGGCCAGGGUCUUACCAAGGAAUGAAUAGACCAUGGCUCUGAAAGCAUGAUCCCACCUCAAAGCUAAAAGUCCACCAUGGUUAUAAGAAUGCAGGUCCUGUUAAUUUUAUGUAGUUUUAGUUCAUUUUAUGGGUUACCUGUUGCCUCAAUAUUCCUUAAAGGUGGUGUCUCAUAAUAACAGCUUUCUUCAGGAUUGUUAUUAUCAUAUUGUAAUAAGCUGUCAUGUGCAAUAUUAUGAUGUGAGAAAGAAACAGCAUUUUCAUGCUGCAGGUGCUCAUAAUAUAUUGGCAUGUUUUGUAGUUCAUUGGAGCUAAUAAUGGAGUGGGAUUUUGACAAAAUAAAAUGAAAAUGUUGUCAAUGUAAUAUAGUGUUGGUGACAAAGUCUUUGCUGAUCAGUCUUAGAAUGACAGUUUUUAGCAAUGUAGCAUAAGAUAGACAAGUCCUCAGUGCAGAAAUACUAGCACCAAAGUGUAAUAAGUUUUAGUUGAACACAAACACCUAAUGUUAAAGAUUUUGUAAUGUAUAUAUCCAAGUAUUUUGUAGUAAAACUGAAGCAGAACUGCCAUUGACUGAGCAUAUAAUAGAUUAAUUAGAAUGCAUCUUUGUGGCCUGAACUUCAGAAUGCUCACCCAAUUAUUUCUCAGCAUUUGUGUUCUUUUUUUACAAGUCUUUAGCCCGUAGUUUCUUUCUAGAAAGUUUGUUUGCUGCCAUUCGAAAUUCAGUGACUUAAAACACUCCAAGGGAAAAUUAUAUUAAUUCAACUUGGCUGCACAACCUUUUAUUCACUGUCAUUGCCAGCAGUUUCCAUUUUAAAUGUCAAGAUUGCCAAGAACAAAUUUUGCAUAUUGUUUAUCUAAAACUCUCUCUGAGAAACAUUAGUGGUGAAAUAUUUUGAAAGGAGAUACAUGAUACUGUUAUUUUUAUCAAUUUGUUUCUAAGUACAUCAUUUGGCUAAGAGGGGAAGGCAAGAGGAAGCUUUUAUUUCGUGAGACAUCACCCUUGAGACUUGUUUUUCCUGACUCUGGCUUGCAGUGUCUUGCAGCAGCAGAGUGCAAUAGGUUAAGUUAUUUUCUCUUUUUUUUUGUUUUUUUUUUUUUUUUCAGAGAACUAUUUUUAUAUUUACUCAAAGCAGUAUUUAAAAUAUUUUAUUUAUUUACACUAAAGAAGGCAUUUUAACAUACUAUGAAUCAUUGUUUUAUUGUGAUUUUAUUGAUAUACAGGUAGAAUUGUGAGGAGUGAAUGCUGCCAGUAGAUAUGUAUUAUACUGUUACUCUUUGUUGUGCCACAUGCACUGCAGGCAGCUGACUUUGUCACAAGACUUUUUGUACAAAAUUGUGAUUUCUUUUAAAUAAGUUUGACACAUCUGUUUCACAGCAGCUAUAAGGCUUACUUUUUACCUGGUGGGAUUAUUGAGAAAAGGUAAUCCUUUUUGUCAGUUCUUCAUUAAGUUCUGGGAAGUUUGUCCCCAUAAUACUCAGUCAAUAUAAAUUUUGUAGUAAAUGUACCUGACAACACCUAGGGAUGUUUGGGCCAUGGGCAAGAGAGGGGACACGAAUGUAAUGUUAGUGUGGUGUUGUAACUGAAUUACUGAUUUUGUUGGUGCUGGGCUGUGGUGGCUCUGGUAUGUGUAUCACUGGAGGUGUGGCAUGCACGACUACCAGUACAAAAUCUGCCUAAAGAAGUUGGCUUCUGGCAUGUAACUCAUAGCCUGACUUUAUAUUACUUAUGGUUUCAGACACCACAUUUCCCAGACCGUUGCGCUAAGUGGUGUACUCUAGAGCCUGCUAGCAAACACUUGCUCUGAAGCAUCAUCCUAUGAGCAGAAAAUUUGUGGACUUCCAAGUUCUCUUAUUUGUGGGAAGUAUUCAUAAUAACUGUGUAUAUUGACCUCAGUUGGUUUAUUUUAAUGCUUCAAUUAAAAUAAUUGAAUGAUUUUAGCAUACUUAAAUAUAAUGAAAGUUUUAAGCUAUCAACUUGAAGUUUUGUGGAGUUACCUUUUUUAAUAGUAAUGCUUAUCAGCUCCCCUUAGAGUAAGGUUUGUAAGUCUUGAGUCUGGCAUCUCAGAGUGUAGAUCAUCAUUCAUUCAUCAAGCUAUGGCCUGCUCUCUUUUCUGCCUGCAGCAUCUGAAGGUUUAAGAAAUUUGAGGACUUUUGUAGCUAGUACAUAAUAACAUGUAAUAUUCAUCAAUGUCCACAUCUUUUUUGUAUCACUGCCUUUUACUGUGUUGAUACUGAAGCCUGGCAAAUCUGUCCCAUUACUCAGUCUUAGCUGGCAGGGACCCAACACUGGGACUCUGCACUGCAGUCCAAGUCAUUUCAGAUACAGUAAAAUAAAUUUAAAGUGUUUCAAUCAAAAUGUCCAACAAAUAUUCAAACCCAAUUAGUUUUUAAGCUGAAAAAGUUGGUGGUACAGCUGGUGGAGGGAGAGCUUGUCAUAAGUAAUGCACAUUUUUUCCCAUCCUUUAGUCGACCAUGACCAGUUGUGUCCCACCGGGUGAAGCACUCAGCUGCAGCAAGGGGAUGUAAAUAGCCUAUUUUUGAAAUUGUGUACAAAUGAGGAAGUCUGUACAUAUGUAUAUAUAUAUACAUACUAUAAAUAUAUAUAUAUAUAUGAAAAUAAGAAAUAAAAGCUGUUUCUAUACAUACCAUAAUGAAA